AUGUAUGACAAUCAGGAGACAAACCAGCUGUUCCAGUUUAUUGAGCAACAGGGCCUGAAGCCGCAAAGCAUUAUCAAUACCCAUGCCCAUAUCGAUCACAUCCUUGGCGUACAGGCGGUUGUAGAUCAAUACAAUCUCACCUUUUCCAUGCAUCAGAAAGAGGAACCGGUACUUCAAAAUGCGAUGGGCUCCGCAAUGUUAUUCGGGCUGCCGCUAAAGUCAGCGCCCAAGCCGGAUUUCUACAUCAGCGAAGGCGUUCCGUUAAUGCUUGGUGAUGAUGAAAUUGAAGUAAGGCUGGCACCCGGCCAUUCGCCAGGCAGCAUUGUAUUUUAUGCAAAGGAAGACCGCUGGGUGAUUGGUGGCGAUGUGCUUUUUGCAGGCAGUAUCGGGCGCUCAGACCUGCCAGGCGGUAACCACGACGUGUUGAUGGAAAGCAUUCGUCAACAGCUGUUUACAUUACCGGACGAUACCGUGGUUCAUCCGGGACAUGGCCCGGCCACAACAAUUGGGCAGGAGAAAGCGACCAAUCCCUUCUUUCAGUAA